AUGUCCAGGCGUCGACCAUGGCGACGUCUAUGCCCCGAUGUAGUCGAUCAACGAAUCAAUCAAGCGAUGCAAGCUACAAUUUAUAUCGUUCAUCAAACUGGACCAACAGGUUUCGUUAUUAAAGAGGAUGCAAGUGAUCGAAAAUAUAAGGUAUCACUAGGGGAAGAACAUUCAUGCACUUGUAGGACAUUUGAAAAAGAGAAAGAACUCUGUAUCCAUAUAUUAUGGUUGCUGAUACGAAAAUUUCGUAUUCCUAAAGAAAAUCCUAUUGCAUUUCAGUUGUCCUUGGUAGAAAGAGAAAUUAAUGAAAUUUUAAGAGGAACUCAUGUCUAUACCAAUACCAGUAGUAGUAAUAAAGACAAAAAACUAGUAAAUGAUACCGAUGAUAAAAGAAAAACUAUACAGCAACGUGAAAUAACCAAAGAAGAUGUCUGCCCAAUUUGUCAAGAAGAGCUACUCGAUACAUCUGAACCUGUAACAUAUUGCAAAUACGGUUGUGGUAAUAAUACCCAUAUUAAAUGUAUUAAGAUAUGGGCAGAACAUCAAAAAACAGUUGGUGAAGCAACAAUCAAAUGUCCACUUUGUAGAGAAGAUUUUGGUUCUUUACAGGCCAUUAAGGAAGAAAUGCGUCAAUCAUCGAAACUUAAAACCAGAGCUCAAAGAGGAAAUUUCCAUCUAGGUGUUACAUGCAAUAAUUGUCGUCAAUGUCCAAUUGCAGGAAACUGUUAUAGAUGUGCAAUCUGCUACGACUACAAUCUAUGUCAUGCAUGCUAUGCGCAACAAAUUCACAGUCAGCAUUCCUUUAACUAUAGAGAGAAAAGUUCGCAACGCUGGAAACAAGCUCCACGAAUAACUGGACAAACAUUACCGGAUGCAGUUAUUGCUGACUUAGUUAACCGUGAAAUUGAGAAUGAAGAUUAUGAAUUAUUGCUACAGUUAGAUAGUGCUAUCGAUCAAAAUCAAGUUGAUACACUACCUGAAGAAGUUAUCAGACGCUUUCCGAUUGAAAUUAUAAAUUCUGACAACCCACUCUUAAAUCAAGAUAUUAAAUGUAGAAUUUGUAUGCUGCCAUUUCAAAUUCGUCAAUACGUACGAAAACUUCCAUGUAGACAUAAGUUUCAUGUUCAGUGUAUAGACCAUUGGUUAAUGCAUGAAAGAUCAUCAUGUCCUAUAGAUGGCGAAAUUAUAAACCCUGUCCUCGAUGGAGCUACUAGUAUUGGUAGAUGUAACCGUAACAAUCGACGUAAAGCAGGACAUCAUCAUAAUCGUGGCCAAAGACAUCAUCGUCAAGAUCCAAUAGAAGCUCCAUCUUUAGCAGUAACCGCCGUUCAAAUUAAUCAAUCUGGGACGGAUUCUAAUCAACUACAAAGGCACCGAGCUGAAAAUCUAUCUCAUGAACAUGCAUUUCAUCAGCGCAGCGUUGUUCAUCGCCAUCGAAAUAGAGAUCACAGUGUAAGGCCAGAUACCGAUUUAGAUUUUACCUUAAGUGGAGCGGGUUUACAAAUAUCAGAUACCGGGCCACAUCGUGAUAAUGAUCUCAUUCAAGUUAGACAUGAUAAAAAAAUGUCUCGGCCGCCGUUAUAUCCAAAACAUAAGGAGAAAUAUGGCUCCUCUAAGCCUUUACAACGAGCCGGUAAUAUGGCCGUUGUAGCACAAGGGGUAGCAACAUCGAUUGAACAUAACCAAAACACCUUAUCAUCAAAUAAUAGUAGAAGUUUUAGUGCAGAAGAUCGCCAAAAAAACAAUCGCAAAUCUUCAUUAACAAGAAAGCUUAGAAAGACAACAUCAUUAACAUCGUUAACGGCACCUGGUUUACCUUCAGUACAUGGAAAUAGAGUAAGCCGCAGUGAUGAAGGAUCAAAGGCAAUAAUAAAUACUACUACUAGUGGUGAAUUAACGCGAUCUAAUAAUCGAGUUCAUAAAGGCUUAGCCAUUGCUACGGUUAUGAAGGUCAAUCAAACAAGUAUGACUGCUAGUAAUAAUACUAAUCAAGACAACGGUGCAGCAGGACAAAAGAGACUAAUCUUACCUCCAAUUUAA